GCAGUGCGCCUGCGCCACCGCUGCCUGGCCGCAGCAGCACCGUCCGAGGCGGCUGCUCGCGUGCUGUUUGCUGCAGUGGAAUUUUUAUUUUUUUCUGAUUCCGACCCCGUCCGCAUGCUGAAAUGCAUUUACAAAUAUAGACUCUGGUCAUAAUGCACCGUGGAUUUCGCUGGUUGAUCUAAGGACGUGCCACCGUAAUGCUUUUGCAGAUAACUAUCACCGUGAUGGCUGAUGAUCAACAACAACCUGGUCAGCAGCAGAAUCCUAACACGGGAUUGGGCUCUCUUCCAACGAUAGUACCAGGACUACAGGGGCCCGAAGCCAGUGCUCUGCAGUAUAACAAGAUAAAGAAUUCUAUUUGCAAAUCUGUACAAUCAAAAGUUGACAACAUAUUGCAAGAUGUUGAGAAGUUUACAGACAUUGAGAAACUCUACCUCUACCUUAAGUUGCCUUCCGGCCCCAGCAGUGGCACGGAGAAAAGGAGUGACACUCAGAGGGGGUCUGGCAGUCCGGCAGCAUGUGACCAGAACUCCAUGUCAUCGAGUCGCACGCAGCAGAUGUACGCCUUCAACUGGAUCAGGAACCACCUGGAGGAACACCCCGAGACGUCGCUGCCCAAACAGGAGGUCUACGAUGAAUACAAGAGCUAUUGUGACAAUCUGGGCUACCACCCCUUGAGUGCGGCGGAUUUUGGGAAGAUCAUGAAGAACGUUUUUCCCAACAUGAAGGCACGUCGACUCGGCAUGCGGGGGAAAUCCAAGUACUGCUACAGUGGCCUGAGGAAGAAGGCGUUUGUGCACAUGCCGUCCCUGCCCAACCUGGACCUGCACAAGUCUGGAGACGGGUGUGAGUUGCUGGAGCCUGCCGGCCAGUCUCCGAGCGCGGAGGAGGAGAUGCGUACGGCGGCGUGCGGCCUGGUGUGUGAGUGGGCCCAGAAGGUUCUGAGUCGCCAGUUCGACAACGUGGAGGAGCUGGCCCGCUUCCUGCUCAACAGCCACUACAUCGGAACCAAGUCCAUGGCUGCACUCACUGUCAUGACUGGGACCCCGACAGGCGUGAAGACGCCCACCCCGGCCUCGGCGUUCGUGCCCACGGGCGAUGCCAACCCGUUCCAGCCGCAGGUGAAGACGCUGCCGUCACCGUCGCCCUCGGUGGACGCCAAGCAGCAGCUGCAGCGCAAGAUCCAGAAGAAACAGCAGGAGCAGCGGCUGCAGUCGCCUGCGCCCGGUGACGGCCAGGUCAGGAGAGCCGAAGCGGGCACACCCGGGCCCGGCGCUAGCGCCAGCCUCACCCCUAGCAGCCCCGCGCUGCUCUCUCCGCAACCCACCAUAGGCAUCGUCGUGGCAGCUGUGCCCAGCCCCAUUACAGUCCAGAGGAAUCGUCAGCCGAUGACAUCACCCAGUCCGGUGGGCACAGCCGAAGGCAAGAUGAUGCCGGUCAAUUUCCAGGUGGUGACGCAGCAGGUGAAGCAGUGCCCCAAGACGCCACAGAACGUUCCGGUGAGCCCUCUGGGCGACCGGCAGGCUCGCCACCGCUACGCCCAGAUCCUGCCCAAGCCUUCGGCGACCAGCGCCAUCACGCUGCGCUCGCCACCCACGCUGCUCAUCACCAACAGCCCCAUCAAGACGGUCAUGCCUUCGCCGCACGUCAGCUCCCUCAACGUGGUCAAGAUGACCACCAUCUCCCUGGCCCCCAACACCAGCGGUGCCGCCACGCCCACGCCCCUGAGACCCGCCUCCGCCGGGGUGACCAGCAGCAGUGCCGCCAUGCAGGACGAGCAGAGCGCUGCCCAGGCGACUCAGAACGGCCCGAUGGCCUCCCAGGCACUCCAGGGGGCAGUGGCGAGGGGAGGCGCGUCCGGCUCGUCCUCCGGGGAGGCGCGGGUCAGCGGGGCAGACGGCGGCGGCGAGGAGAAGACGAGUGUGACGGCGCCGGACGCCACGGCGGGCCUGAAGAGCGAGAGAGCCACCAAGCACCGCGCCGCCAGCGAGCCCUCGGGGUCCGAACGCGUCACAAGGGCCAAGAGCGACUCCGCCGCCACCCCCCCCAUCUCCUCUGUCGCCAGCGGACACAGCAGCAUCAGGGAGGGGUCAGAGGGCACGCUCUACCUGUCUGUGGCCAAUCAGUGCUCCGGCGUGGUUACCUCCUCCUCUGUCUCGGCCCCUAUCUCCGUCCCCGCCAGGAGCCCACGCAAGCGGUCGUCGUCUGUCCUGGAGACGCACGUCAUCCCGGUCAAGCGCGUCUUCAUCUCCCAGCAGCCCUUGGAUGUCUCGGACAAUUCCAGAGGCGGUGCGGGGAAGAAGGUGCAGAGGCCAGGCACGCCGGCGCGGCCCGAGAGCGCCCCCUGCAGGGUCACGCUGAAGAACAGCACCAACUCCGCCAGUGCCACCAUGCCCAUGCAGAUCCUCGCUCUCUCCGACACGCCCACACCCGCCCCCGUCAGCCAAUCACAGGACGCCCCUGUCACAGACUCCGUCCAGUCCACCGGCGCUGUGUCUGAGCCACCCCUCCUGGCCAGCGCCGCGGCAACACAACCCCCGACCCAAGGGCCAUCGCUGGAGCCGGACGCCAAGCGCAGCCUGUGGGAUGGUCCGGCAGGGCUGGGGGUGGAGCAGAAGCUGCUGACCUCUCAGCUCCCCCUAUUGGCCCAGACAGGGCAUGCGGCCGAGACGGACAGUCAGCUGGGCCUGGUGGACUUCGGCGGGGGCUCUGCGGGCGGCAUGGACUACUUCCCGUUUGCGGACGACGACAUGACGCAGGACAGCAUCGUGGAGGAGCUGGUGCAGAUGGAGGAGCAGAUGAAGCUGAGCAGCGGCCUGCAGGGGGCGUCCUACCUGAGCUGUGUGGAGCUCGGUCUGCAGGGGGUGACCUCUGCCGGCGCGCACCAGACCUCCUCCUCCGCCUUCUACCACUCCGCCCACAGCAGCACCACCCCUGCACACACCCCCACGCCCACCCCGACCCCAACACCUACGCCCACACCCACCCCCACCUCCGAGAUGCUCCCGGGCACCCACAGCCUGACACGGGAAAGCCCCUGCUCGCGCCUGGCCCCUAUCACGCCAGUGGACGGUCUGAUGGGCGGGGGUCGCCACACCCCCAUCAGCACACCUCUGUCCACCUGCAGCAGCGUCCCGCCCAGCCCGGUGGAGUGCCGGAACCCCUUCGCCUUCACGCCCAUCAACUCUAGCAUGACGGCGUACCACGACGGUAGUGUGGUGUCCAGCAGCCCGGUCAAGCCCAUGCAGCGGCCCAUGGCGACGCAUCCUGACAAGGCCAAGCUGGACUGGAUCACCAGUCGCUACGGCAACACCGCGGCUGGCGCCACCUCCCCCUCCACCUCCAUCCUGCCCAGCUACCAGGACCUGGUGGACGACCACUUCCGCAAGCCGCACGCCUUUGCCAUCUCCGGGCAGGCCUUCCAGGCGCAGACACGCCAGACGGUGGCAGUGACCGUGUCACCAAUCCCCCAACCGCAAGGCACUGCCGCCGGUCAGGCCAAGCAGGAGAGCUUUGCCGUGCCCGCCCCGCUGGACGGCAAGCCCGGGGGAAGUGCCGGAGGUAGCGCCACGUUCCGCUGCCGCAGCGUGAGCCCCGCGGUACGCCAGCGGAACCUCAGUGGGAACCCCGGCGCUCCCCCCAGGACCUUGGCGUCGCCCUUCAACUCACCGCUGACCUCCGAGGUGCUCAGCAUCCUGUCUGGCAGCCAAUCUCUGGUGAGCGCCAGCAGCAUGGCGCAGCGCAGCCAGUCGGUGCCGCUCAACGUCAUGAUGGCGUCAGAGAUGCUGCCCAUUUGUGUGGCUGGCCAGUCGGGCAGCGCCACCAAGAUCACCAACGUGCUCCUGAACAAGAUGGAGGUGGACGUGGACGACGCGGUCCGAGGCCUCGGCGUCAACAACCUGCCGUCAAACUACACGGCUCGCCUCAACCUCACGCAGAUGCUGGAGACCAGCACCGCCUUCUCCGCCGGUGCUGCCCCCAUCACCACGGCAACACAGCCCAGCCCUGUGGCCUACGAUUUCCAGAAGCCCGUGUACCUCAUUAGCGGCCGCACUGAGCAGACCGCCUUCUCUGCCGCCACAGCUGCUGCAGACGGCCAAGCACAAGCAGGCUCCUCCGAGCCGAUGCAGGAGCAACAACAGCUGCAGCUACAAGAACAGACCUUACUGCAGGACCAACAGCUGCAGCUACAAGGUCAGACCUUACUGCAGGAACAGCUACAAGAUCAGACCUUACUGCAGGAACAGCAGUUACAGCUACAAGAACAGACCUUACUACAGGAACAGCUACAAGAUCAGACCUUACUGCAGGAACAGCUACAAGAUCAGACUUUACUGCAUGAACAGCUACAAGAUCAGACCUUACUGCAGGAACAGCUACAAGAUCAGACCUUACUGCAGGAACAGCUACAAGAUCAGACCUUACUGCAGGAACAACAGCUGCAGAUACAAGAACAACAGCUGCAGCUACAGGAACAGAGCUUACUGCAGGAGCAGUCAUUGCUGCAGGAGUCGGCUUUGCACCUGCAGGAGCAAACUUUACUGCAGGAGUCGGCUUUGCAGCUGCAGGAGCAGUCGUUGCUGCAGGAGUCGGCCUUGCAGCUGCAGGAGCAGUCGUUGCUGCAGGAGUCGGCCUUGCAGCUGCAGGGGGAGGGCGUGCUCCUGGGGGAAGAGGAGGUGCAGCAGCAACCCAUGCUACAAGAGGAUGCGCAGCGGGAGGCGCAGGAGGACGAGCAGCUGGACUUUAGCAGCACAGUGAAGGACCUGCUGGGGGAGGAUGGCCUCCACCCAAGCUCACAGCUGGUGGGCCAGGUUGCGUCGGAACUCAACGCCGUCGCGUCUGACUUCUCGGGAGACCUGCGGCUGCCCUCUGACCUGUCCAGCAGCAUCAGCGACCUGAACACGCUGGACGCCAACCUGCUGUUCGACCCGGGCCAGCAGCAGGACUCGUAUGAGGAGGCCACGUUGGAGGAGCUGAAGAAUGACCCGCUCUUCCAGCAGAUCUGCAGCGACUCGGUCAGCUCGGCCGGCUUCGAUUGGCUCGAGAACAAGGACCAGCCCACCGUGGAGAUGCUCGGCUAAACGCCGGCAUUUUUUUUUACUUUAAGUGUUAUUUAUAAGUUCUGUUUGUUUGUUUGUUAGCGUCUGUGAAGUAUCUGUUUUUGUAUUUUUAAACGUGUCUCACUACAGCAAAAAUCUGGACUCCUGCUUGUGUCCAGUGCAAAGUGCCAGUGGGGCCUGAGAAGGCCUCUGUCACAGGCUAGUUUCCGUCUGUGGCAUUGGCUUGAAUCUGUCCCGUCUGUCAGUAUGUCCCCAUCUCCCUCUCUCUCUCUCUCUCUCUCUCUCUCUCUCUCUCUUUCUCUGUCUCUGUUUCUCCAUCUCUCUUUAUCACUGAACACCAACUGUUCUAAACUGUUCAGAACAGAUGACAUAUGUGAUCUUUUUUAGAUGUAACUUUUAGGUGAAGGCCACUGCUCAGAAUCCUUUCGAUAAGCGCAGUCUGCACUUGGCCCCUGUGAGCUGCAGCACCCCCUUGCUGCCAGCCUCAGGGGGGACUUCCAGAGCUCACUGUGGACUGGAAGAUGCAAUACACUCGUCCUUCUCAAGCUAUAGAUUAUUGGCUGAACUACUGUCUAUUAUAAAGAAAGACGUCACUGACAAAAAAAAUGCCUUUAGAACCCUUAAAAAUAAGAGCAAGUGCACAAGGGUGUGCUGCCUUUGUAGGGAGGUGUGGAGACCGCAGGUGAGGUCCGCUUCUGGACCACAGGCGUGACCUGGAACUCAACAGGUGCUACUAGGUGCUGAUAUGAUGAUAUGUCAUCACCUUAAUAGGUCACAGUCCCAUGAACAUUGACAAUAAAUAGAUACCUUUUGGAAUGGCCAUAAUAAUAACAGUUAGACUGUUGACUAUAAAUAAUGAAGAAAAAUGUUUUUUUUUGUUUUGUUUUUUGCUUUCAGUUCUGUUUAGUGAAAUAAUGUGAAACUCUUCUGUAAGUAAGUGGUGCUGGUUGGGUUGCCUUACCUGAAGUCUGAGGCCAUGUUUGCCACUGGUGAGCCGUCCAAGGCCCUGCAGGCCACUGGUGAGCUGUCCGGGCAGAAGCCCGCUGACCCUCCUGCUGUUUUUAAAGAGACAUGUUGGUCUGGUGUGUCCAUUUAAAGGGAUGUGUUGGUCUGGUGUGUCCAUUUAAAGGGACGUGUUAGUCUGGUGUGUCAACUUAAACGGACCUGUGGGUCUGGUGUGUCCAUUUAAAGGGACGUGUUGGUCUGGUGUGUCCAUUUAAAGGGAUGUGUUGGUUUGGUGUGUCCAUUUAAAGGGACCUUUGUGACUCGUGUGUCCAUUUAAAGGGACGUGUUGGUCUGGUGUGUCCAUUUAAAGGUAUGUGCUGGUCUAGUGUGUCCAUUUAAAGGGACCUGUUGGUCUGGUGUGUCCAUUUAAAGGGACGUGUUGGUCUGGUGUGUCCAUUUAAAGGGACCUGUUGGUCGUGUGUCCAUUUAAUGGGACGUGUUGGUCUGGUGUGUCCAUUUAAAGGGAUGUGUUGGUCUGGUGUGUCCAUUUAAAGGGACCUGUGGGUCUGGUGUGUCCAUUCCAGUUCCAUGUUGAGAUCCACUGUCAGUGUGCAUGCCCCCGAACAGGUCCUCCUGGUCUAGCUGUGUUGACCUGUGAACUAUUAGAAGCCUAUUCUACUGAGACAUCUUGUCUGACGCAGCUUUGGGAUCUGAACUGUGAUGUGAAAUGUCAGAUGCUAUGUUGAUGGACUCUGGCCUUUAUGAUUUGAGAGCGAAAAUGUCAGCUGUAUGAUGAGGGAUUCGGAUCUUUUUAAAGUGUGAUCUGAAAUAUCAGAGAUGCGGAGAUGAAUUCUGAACCGUCUGAAAUUAGAUCUGAAAUAUCAGAGAUCAAUUCUGAAUCGUCUGCAGUAAUACCUGAAUUAUGAGUUGUGAAUUCUGAAUCGUCUUGAAAUAUCGGUUGUGAAUUCUGAAUCCUCUGAAGAUCUGAAAUAUCAGUGAUGAAUUCUGAAUCGUCUGAAGUAAUAGCUGAAUUAUCAGUUGUGAAUUCUGAAUCGUCUGAAGUAAGAGAUGAAAUAUCAGAGAUGAAUUCUGAAUCAUCUGCAGUAACAGCUGAAUUAUCAAUUGUGAAUUCUGAAUUGUCUGAAGAGCUGAAUUAUCAGCUGUUAAUUUUGAGUCGUCUGAAGUAAGAGCUGAAAUAUCAAUGGUAUGGUGAUGACGGCAUCAUUGGUUGUCUGGUUAGAGGCUACUGGGUUGGUGUUGGGUUGGUGUUGGGUCCAGACAGGUCCGGGGCAGUUCCAGGUGAUGUGUUCAGAGCGGCAGCCUUACAUCAAACCAAAGACCAGCUCCAGAAUGGACUAACUCUGGGGGUGAGACGGGCGAUCAAGAAAGCAGACAUGAGCAGAUCGACUUCUCCGCUGAGAUCAGAGCGAUGAUCAGACAGCAGAUAUGUCUUCUCCACUGAGGGGCAGGAUGAAGCCACUGGUGUGUCUGUACAGAGUGAAAAUGCCGACUCAGCAGUCCUACAGUAUAAAGGGUAAAUGCUGACUCAGCAGUCCUAAAGUGUAAAGGGUAAACGCUGACUCAGCAGUCCUACAGCAGUCAGCUAUGGGCUGAGAGCAUGUUGGGGGGUGGGGGGCUUAUAAUGUGGAGUUAUAGGGGUUGCACUUGUUAAGACUUUUAGCUUGUGUAGUCAUGAAGCUGGAUAUCAAGUUCCCAUGUGUACAAAGAGCAUUGUCAUAAAAUCCAUAAUUUAAAGACACUGUAUUCCAGUAAUGAUUUCUAGAUAGGUCUGAUUGCCCUUAAAAUAUAUACAUAUAUAACUAUAUAUAUAUAUAUGGAAAAAAAAAAUGACUUGAUGGUAUUGGGUGUGUGGGCAGCCAAUAUGCUGUAUGUAAUCUUCCUGGCUUCUGUGUCGUGCAGUAUUGCUGUCUGUCUGGUCUCUAGCUUGCUGAUGUCUUUUGCUUUUUCUGAGAGUGUUCUGGUCUCUGCAGCAGCAGACGUGACGUGUUUCCAGAGAGAGGAGCAGUAGCAUGGAUUAUUAAGAAAAAAAAGCAAACUGGUGUGUUUGUGUGUGUGUGUGUGUGUGUGUGUGUGUGUGUGUGUGUGUGUGUGUGUGUGUGUGUGUGUGUGUGUGUGUGUGUGUGUGUGUGUGUGUGUGUGUGUGUGUGUGUGUGUGUGUGUGUGUGUGUGUAAUGUAGCUUAGUUCUGACAUGCGAGGACCUUUCACUGCACACCCUGGAGAUGUCUAUGGGUCCUGUGUCCGCCAGCUCUCUGAGGCUCGACUUAUUGCACUAAAUUUUUUUAUAAGUCAUGGCUUUGCCACAUCUUUAAGGACAAAUCUGUCGACUAAAGCCUGCAAAAAUAUUUUUUAUGAGGAAUUUCCGAAGCGAUAACCAUGAGAAAUGUGCUCGAAAACGACAAUGCCCAAUUGUCUGGUGCGUCCACACACCUAAUCUCAGUGAGAUGCAGCUUACUCGUUCUCAUCCACGAGAAUAUGAACCAUUUCAGCGAGACAACGAGCCUGAGGUGGACAGCCGAUCGAGGACCUGCUUCACCGUGUUAGGAAACGAUUGUAUGUGCGCAUGUGCAUUGAAAAUAUCGACUCGCAUUAAUCUGGGCCUGCCUCCUUGGCUGAGAGGAGGACUGGACCUCUCGAACACACAAAACGAAAGGUGUUGCUACUUUGAGUAAAACUUACUUGCAUCAUAUGUUUACCAAGUUAAUGUUGUUCUCUGUGUUUAGUUUCUGAAUGUUAUCUUUGUUUUUACAUUCAUUUUGAUAGUGAAUGCCUUCGUGAAGAAAGCUGUACAUAUUUUAUAUUUUUGUUUUGGGGGGGGGCAUUUUAAUAAGGCUCUGGCCUCCCCUCCGUAUGUAAAAUGUGAGUAUAUAUAUAUGAAGGAGAAGGCCACAGUCUCCUGGGUCCUAGUACUCUACCUGCUCAGUCUCAGGUGGGCUCGUAGGUCUCUCUCUCUCUCUCUCUCUCUCUCUCUCUCUCUGUGUCCAUGUUUUUCUAGCGCCCCCUGGUGUCGGUCUCAGACGGGCCGGAGGCCUCUCUUUUCUGCUGUCCUGCUCGGGUCGGGUUCUGUCCUGCCCGGGUCUGGUUCUGUCUGGCCCAUGGGUUUCUCCCCUGUGUCCGUGUGUGUGUGGCGGGUCGGCGGCCUGUGCCGUGCUUGUGUCCGGUGUGCAGCUUCACGUGCAGUAGCUUGUUCAUAUUGCAGACGCCGCUCAGCUGCUUUCCUUUUUUUUCAAUUGAAAGUACUCCCAGGUGAGAUUUUUUUAAGUGGUUUUGAAAGCCAAUAAACAUUUUUGUAAA